AAAAAACGUCAAAAAGUGCGUGUGCGUUAUUGGGGUACAGUGAUAACAGCGUGAUAGUUUAAUAAUUUUCUACGGAUUUGAAAUAAGCACGGCAGUCAAAGUGGUAACUUAUCGGAACGAAGUGGGAUCAGUUUAGCAGUUUUACUGUAUGCGAUGAGCAGGAUUUGCGCAACUGUACUGAACGUUUGCAUUGACAUAUCCAGCUAGCUACGUUAACGUUAGAUAUGUUGUCUACCUGCGGUAAUCACUAAUGAUUCAUAAUCGAUGUUGCUAAUUACAGCAGUGAGUGGGGCUUUUUAAUAUUGUACUGGUAAUUACAGAUUCAUACACUGCAGACGCAAUCUUUAGCAGGCUGCUGUUAUUUUCGUAGCUAAUUUUGGGAAUAAUUUCACUUCGUGUAGCGGGGGUGACGAACCAACCGGGUUUGGCGAUUGUGACACUCACGAAAUGCUGUAGAGGACAACAACAAGAACCGACUUACCACAUUUGAGAACUGGCCUGGGCUAGUAUCACCCACCGUGAGAUCAGAGGCUGCGAAUCGAAUCGAAAGGAAAGUGUUCCUCUAUAUAUCCGAGCUCCAACAGGGAAGAAGUGACCAUGGUGGUGUGGAAUGAGCUUUAUCUAAUGAAACCUCUUUGGUAAAGAUUCACAAUAAAAAAUGUGAUUAAACUGAUACAGAAGAAUACAUUGCACAGUAACAAGACUUUGCCGGGUGCAGUCUCUUCAAAGGCUCAGUGUGGAAGUAUGUGAUGACCCACGCGCAAAUCAAAGAUUCCCUACGCUGGUACCCGAGUGAAGGGGCGGAACGGGUCUGGGCAAGGACGCAUGGUGAGAAAAUGGGCCGAGCCUGGCCUGAGUGCCCGCUGCGAGAUGGCAGAACCAAGCAGCACAUGGCCAAGAGACGCAGGGUUAAGGAGAUCAAGGACCUGAGCUCGGAGCAGGACAGGAAGCUGUACCCGCUCAGGGGACGGGUCGGCAUGGCUGACGUGGGCACCCGCAGCUGCAGGGUGCUGCUCACGAGGCUGGAGGAGAGCGGGGUGAAGAGCGCUGGCCAGGAAUGCCCCGAGAACCUCACUGGCGGCAGAGAGGAGCAGAGCGCAUGGGCCGGGCAGGAAGGGAGAGCGUCCCACAGCUGCAGCAAGAAAACUUGCAGAACCUGUCGCGUGGCACCGAAACCAAAAACUAAACCAAAAGUGGAAAAGCGUGACCUUCAUCCGCCCGCUCCGGAGCCACGGAAGCGGAGGCUGGCCUCUCUGAAUGCCGAGGCCGUCAACAGCCUGCUGCUGGAGAGAGAGGAUCCACUGCAGACGGCAAGGCUCGCAAAGAAACUGCAGCAGCAGCAGCGGCUGAACGGGGAGUGCACCUCUCUCAAGGACCCAGCUGGGACCACCGCCACAGCACGAAAAGGCCCGGAAGUCCAGAGGGGGCUCAAGCCCCAGAGGACUGACAGCCUAGCCGGGACUCCCAAACGGCAGAAGAAGGGAAAACCGGAUGGCCGAGGCGCAGAGCAGCUGAGCCUGGAUGGCCCCGCGCCGCGGCGCCUGGCAGGACUGAACGCUGCCGCCCUGCUCAAACUCACCAGCACCUCCUCCGGCACCAAGAGACGCCUCAAGGCUGACUGCAAGGAAGUGUGUGGGGCAACGGCGUCGGUGCGGGGGAAGCAGCCGCACCCAAAAACACGGAAACAACAACAUAGGCCGCAGCAGCAGGCCAUGUUGAAGGGGGGUUGCACCGUGUGCAAGAAGGAAGCCCUGCACCCCGAGGUGGAGUGGGAGGGAACCACGGGGGGCCAUGGCUUCCACAAAUCAGGGUAUUUGUGUCGAACCAUAUUGGGCUACCCACUUAAGCCUGUCAAAGAGGAGCAGACUGAGACUGAGGUGAAUCCUUUUUACUACUGUGGCCAGGAGGGGGCAGUGGAGUACUGUCACGGGGGACUAGCCCUGUUCCUGGGCCGGCAGCCCUAUAGCGAGAUGGAGGACCGCGGCCCAUCCUCACUCAAGCAAGAGUUCCCCCCGCCCCCCCAUUCCCUGGGCCACCCCACUCUGGCCAUCGGUACACACCCGUACCCCUGCUUCCCCGGCUACUACGUACACAUUUCCCACCACGGCGCCUCAUCGCCCCCACUGAGUGCGGGACCUGUGCCCUACCCUCCCGCCACCAUGCCCCCCAUCACCCUGUGCUCUGGCAGGGUCCCAAACUCCAAGCUGAUGGCCCCCGCGGUCUCGCACCCCUCAGGAAUCCCAAACCCGGCCUUCUGCGGCUCGGUUGGGUCGCCCUGCUUCGGGGAGGCCUGCAGAGUCAGCGGUUACGCCUACAGAGCCAUGCAGCCACUGGCCAACAGGAGGUGCUCUUUCAGCACCGCCUGCUCUGGCUGCGCCCACAAAAUCAAAACCGAGGAGUUCCCCUCUUCCCUGGAGGACCGGAGCCCCUCCAUCCCGGUGUGGCCCGCCCUGCCCCUCUCCAGCUGCCCCGUCCCCAGCGUGCCUCCGGCGGCCCUGCAGACGCUCCUGUCGGACCCCAGCCAGCCCCAGGCGCAGCUCCGCGUGGCGCGCGAGUGCCCCCAGAGCGCCAAGCCCCCCAGUGGCUCACGCUCCGGGGUGCGCAGCUCCACGGGUUGCCCCCACGCGGGCCACGGCAGCAACACCAGCAAGCAGCAGAGGAUAUCCCGCCGCCGAGCCACCAACGGCUGGCUGCCCGUCGGCGUGCCCACCGAGAAGGAGGUCUUCAUUGUGGGGGAAGAAGAGACAGCCUUACGCAGGUGUUAUGAAGGGGUUCAGAGAGAUGGAGAGGUGAUCCAUGUUCGAGAUACUGUCCUGCUGCGCUCUGGCCCCAGGAAAAAGUCGCUGCCCUAUGUGGCCAAAAUAUCUGCCCUGUGGGAGGACCCAGAAACAGGAGAGAUGAUGAUGAGCUUGUUCUGGUACUACCGACCUGAACACACACAGGGAGGCCGCAAUCCCAGUAUGCACUGUGAGAAUGAGAUUUUUGCAUCUCGACAUCAGGAUGAGAACAGUGUGGCAUGUAUUGAAGACAAGUGCUACGUGUUGACAUUAGCACAGUACUGUAGAUUUUGUGCCUUGGUGAAGCGCCGUGUUGAGGGUCUACCCGAAAGUGCCCCGGUGGUGCCACCCUCUCCAGAGUACACCAUCCCGGCACACCGGCGUGUGCCUGCCAACAUCGACCCCGACCUGGUGUUCCUCUGCCGCCACGUUUACGACUUCCGCUACGGCCGCAUCCUGAAGAACCUGCAGUAGGGUUCCUGGGCCAGGGGCACCAUGGGGGAAAAUAAUCGCACACAAGAGAGGGGAGCCGGCAAAGGAAAAUCAAUUUAUUGAACAAAAACAAAAAGCCAGCAGGCAGGUGCCAAAUCUGGUGCAGGGGCUUUCGAGCAGGGGGGGGAUCAGAGAUCAGUAAAUGCU